GGAGGGAGACAUUCCAACGAGUGUCCAGCCAUCGGUUAUCGACUCCGCGCAGCUUUUAGUCUGUUCUCGGGACGACUGCCGUAUUGCUUCAUCGCCGACCUCGAGCGUUGUGACCGAGCACCUAGCUCGCGACGUCAGAUACCGGCAGAGAGGCGCAGACAGGUGAUUUAUACACCACGACGCUCAGAUCUGCGCCUCAAGGAGCCUACUUCUGUUGACCCACGACCCGACGGCGUUCUCAUCGAUAACCGGUGUCGGUGUCACGAUGGAUUUCUCUGCGAUUUCUGCCCGUUCCGCACCAUCAGUAAGCCGAUAAUCGAGCGGCAUCUCAGUAGAGAGCACUUUCGGGCGACGACCGGAAGGUGGGCAAGCAGUCACGCUUUAAUCGCCUCGUCGCACAUGCCGGUAUCCUUACAAGCCUGGGUUCGUAACCCGCCCCGGUCGCAAUACUGGACUGAUUCACGGGCCGAUGCUGCCACGACGGAAGUCAGGCCUUUUGGACGCGAUGAAGAGCUGCGUCACUUACGCGACGCCCUGGCGCGCGAAGAGGCGUUCCGUCAGCGGAUCAGCCGUGCCCAAGGGGAAGAAGUUACUCUGCCGCCCAGGAGUGGUCUUCCAACAACACAGCAGCGGCAUACACGGAAUUUCGAACCUGGCUGGAGCUGA